AUGUCGAAAAAAACCGACAAACCGAAGCCCGAGGGCAGACUUCGGCUCAAGACCUCCACAAGAAGCGAAUCAUCGUCAAAGCCACCAGCAACGGUCCACCCCCCCGAGAGCCUGAACUCCUCGACCGACGACAGUCUCGCGGACUUCAAGUCCCCAAAGCAAUCCUCCAAAGUCCUGCCAAAGUCCACCAUCCAAAUCCUAAAGCCCAAGAAAAACCCCUCCACCCGAAAAGUGGCACCCCGCUCCCGGUCGAAAGACCCCCGUCGAAAUCAGCAGUCGAUUACCUCGCUCUUCGCAAAAACCGAGGCUGAAAAUUCGACCUUCGUCUGCCCCCUGUGUCUGAAGCCCUUCAGCUCUUCCGACAUUCAGCUGAUCCACACGAAGAACUGCGCACGUCGAAACAAUGUCUCCACCGAGAGGCUCCUGGCAGCAGCCGAGCUCCAGGAGAAGCAGUCGAAGGAGCGAAAAGCCAUCGGCCUGCCCUCAAAGCCCCUCCCCAACCCCAAGAGGAAGCCCUCAUCCUCGAGAAGAUCACCCCCUGUAGACGAUCCUGACAUUCAGCUGGCCCUCGCCCUCUCCAUGUCCCUGAACGAAGUGGAGAGGCUCGAGCAAAUGGACGAGGCGAUUGCCCUGGCGGCAGAGCAAGACGACAAAGUCCUGGAGAUGACAUCGUCCCAGAGAAAAUCGACCCUGGUGUCUUUUGGCUUCUCCACGAAUAAACCGGUGAGUGGAAUUGAACGACCGAGGAGAGUUAAGAAGCCCCUGGGGCCAACGGUUUUGCAGUGUCGAACGCAACAAGUCAGGGAGCAACUCCUCACUGAGAAGAUCGCUGAGGUGCUCGUGGGAUCUGAUUCGAUCACUCAGCAGCAGGAGGGGGAGAAGAUCGUGAGGGAGGAGACUGUAGCGAUGAGACGGAAUAGGGAGUUGAAGAAGUGGUGGGAUGAGUCUGCAAAGUUGUGGAGAUUGUCUGUUGGGACUGAGCAUGGGGAGUACUAUGUUGAGGAACUGAAGGGGUUUAUAAAAGGGAGUGAGGGGGGUGGGAGAGAGGGGAAGGGUUUGGAUGGGAAGGGGAGUGGUGAAGAUCGUGGAGUGAUUGGAGGUAGUGGGAAUGAAGAUUUUGGGGGAAAGAAGAGGACUGAUGAAGAUCGUGGAGUGAUUGGCGAUAAUAGGAAUGAAGAUUUGAGGGGAAAGAGGAAGACUUAUGAAGAUCGUGGAGUGAUUGGCGAUAGUAGGAAUGAAGAUUUGAGGGGAAAGACGAGUGGUGAAGAUCGUAGAGAGAUUGAAGAUAGUGGGAAUGAAGAUUUUGGGGGAAAGAAGAGGACUGAUGAAGAUCGUGGAGUGAUUGGCGAUAAUAGGAAUGAAGAUUUGAGGGGAAAGAGGAAGACUUAUGAAGAUCGUGGAGUGAUUGGCGAUAGUAGGAAUGAAGAUUUGAGGGGAAAGACGAGUGGUGAAGAUCGUAGAGAGAUUGAAGAUAGUGGGAAUGAAGAUUUUGGGGGAAAGAAGAGGACUGAUGAAGAUCGUGGAGUGAUUGGCGAUAAUAGGAAUGAAGAUUUGAGGGGAAAGAGGAAGACUUAUGAAGAUCGUGGAGUGAUUGGCGAUAGUAGGAAUGAAGAUUUGAGGGGAAAGACGAGUGGUGAAGAUCGUAGAGAGAUUGAAGAUAGUGGGAAUGAAGAUUUUGGGGGAAAGAAGAGGACUGAUGAAGAUCGUGGAGUGAUUGGCGAUAAUAGGAAUGAAGAUUUGAGGGGAAAGAGGAAGACUUAUGAAGAUCGUGGAGUGAUUGGCGAUAGUAGGAAUGAAGAUUUGUGGGGAAAGACGAAUGGUGAAGAUCGUAGAGAGAUUGAAGAUAGUGGGAAUGAAGAUUUUGGGGGAAAGAAGAGGACUGAUGAAGAUCGUGGAGUGAUUGGCGAUAGUAGGAAUGAAGAUUUGUGGGGAAAGACGAAUGGUGAAGAUCGUAGAGAGAUUGAAGAUAGUGGGAAUGAAGAUUUUGGGGGAAAGAAGAGGACUGAUGAAGAUCAUGGAGUGAUUGGCGAUAGUAGGAAUAAAGAUUUGAGGGGAAUGAAGAGUGGUGAAGAUCGUAGAGUGAUUGGAGAUAGCAUAAAUGAAGAUUCAGAAGUAAAGAAGAAGACUGGUGAAGAUCAUGGAGUGACUGCAGAAAGUGAAGAGGGAAAUUUAGAGGUGAAGGAGACGAAUGAGGAUUGUGAACUGAUUGAAGAUACUGAGAGGGGGAAUUCAGAUCGUCAAAAGACUAUUGAAGAUCAUGGGAUGAUUAAAAGGAGUGAAAGUAAAAAUGGAAAUCUUCAGAAAAAUAUUAGUGAUAAAAUUAUUGAAAGGAGUGAAAGUAAAAAUUUAGAUAUUCAAAAGAUCAUUGAAGAUCAUGAGGGGAUUGAAGAUUUUUGGAGUGAAGAUUUUAGUGGUACGAUGAUUGGUGAAGAUCAUGAAAUUAUUGGAGAAGGUGAAAAGGGAAAUUUGGGUUUGAGGGAGAUGAUUGCAGAUCAUGAGAUGAUUGAAGAUACUGGGAGAGAGAGUUCAGGUGGUCAGAAGGCUAGUGAAGAUCAUAGGGUGAUUGAAAAGAGGAAAAGUAGAAAUUCAAAUCUUCAGAAGAGUAUUAAAGAUCAUAAAAUGAUUGAAAGAAGUCAAAGUAAAAAUUUAGAUAUUCAAAAAACUAUUGAAGAUCAUGAGGGGGUUGAAGAGGUAGAAGAGAGAAAUUUAAAUGCUCAAAAGUCUUCUGAAGAUCUUACGAUGAUUACAAAGAGUAAAAGUCAAAUUGCAGACCUUCAGGGGACAAUUGAAGAUCAUAAAAAAACUAAAAACCGUAAAAGAAGACAUUUGGAUCUUCCGCAGACCAUUCAAGAUCAUGAGAUGAUCGAAGCGGGUGGAAAGGAAAAUUUCGAUGCUCAGAAGAUCAAAGAUCAUAGAAUAAUCAAAAAGACUCUACGUCAAAAUUCAGAUCUUCAGAAAAUUGAAGAUCACAAAAUCAUUAAAAAAAAUAAAAUUAAAAAUUCUGAUAUCCCAAUGACCAUUGAAGAUCCCAGAAAUCCAACCUUAGAUCUUCUGAAGAUCACUGAAGAUCUAAAAACUAUUAUCUAUAAGAAAAGUAAAAAAUCUGAUCUUCGGAAGAUUAAAGACCCCAAAACGAUGGAAAAGAGUAAAAAUAAUAAUUCAGAUCUUCAAAACACUUUUGAAGACCAGAAGAAGAUCAACAAUGCUGAAAAUGAAACUUCAAAUAUUCAUAAGACAGCUGAAAAUAUCGAUGACAACGCAAGAAGAAAAAAUCGUAAAGAACGUGCAGACAUGAGUGCAAUAAAAACUCCAGAAACAAAGAUUGUAAAAUGUCUUGAUACUGUAAAUAUUGAUAACAUCACGUCCUUAUCAAACGACUGGAGCAAAAUGGUGGCCAGUAGUUAUCUCAGCGACAUCGCGAUCUUCGUCAAGGACACCAGCUUCAUUCACGCUCAUAAUCUCGUAUUUUGGACUCGUUGUCAUCCCCUCACGAAGGAUUACGAAACUUGUAAUUUUGAAGAUAGAAAUGACAGGAAGUGCUAUCCAAUAAAAAAUAAAAUCCAUUGGUCGAAUAUCGAUCAUGAGGCUGCAUUGGUCUUCUUGAAAUACGUUUACUCUGGGCAGAUAUCUCCGGAGGAUUUGAAGGCACGGAAUAUCUUGGAGCAGUUGAUCUUCUUAGGGAAAAAAUACAAAAUAGCGGGGUUAUUAAAAUUUGUGGGGAAUUUGAAAAAAGAGAGGAACGUUGAGUGCAAAAUGAAUGGAAUUGCAUCAGAUGUCUCCGGAGAUUUAAAGAAGAAGUUAUCAGGAACAUUUUCUGAACAGAAAUCUUCAUUUCAUGGAGUCAUUGGUGAAGAUGAUUAUAUGAUUGAAGAAGAAAUGAAGGAGAAUUCAGUGAAACGUCUGAUAACUGGAAGAACAAAUUCCUCCGAAAAUCCUCGGAGUUUAUCAUCAUCUCCAGUUCCUGAACAGAAAUUAUCGUUUGAUGAAUCCAGUGAUGAAGAUGAUGAUUUAAAUAGUAGGAACAUUGACAAGAGAUUAGAGAAUUCUCAGACGACUGGAGCAGGAUCAAGUGCCUUCGAAAAUGUUAAAAAAUCCCCAUCAAGAUCAUUUUCUCAAAAAUCAUCGUUUAGUAAAUUAAUUCCUGAAGACAAUUUCUCAAUUUCCGAAAAGAUUACCAGAAACGCAAAGAAAACAGCACCAAAUAUCACGGAAACUUCUGAAAAAUCAUUACCAACUGUAAUUGAAAUUGAUUCUUCACUCGAUGGAUCAAUAGCCGAAGAAAAUCAUCCGAAUGAAGAAGAAAUUCAGGAGAAUUUGGGGAAACGUAUGAUGGCUGGAAGAACGAAUUCCUCCGAAAAUCCUCGGAGGAAUUCGUUAUCACCAUCUCCAGUUCCUGAGCAAAAAUCAACGUUUGAUGAAUCCAGUGAUGAAGAUGAUGAUUUAAAUAAUAGAAACAUUCACAAGAGAUUAGAGAAUUCUCAGACGACUGGAGCAGGAUCAAGUGCCUUCGAAAAUGUUGAAAAAUCCCCAUCAAGAUCAUUUUCUCAAAAAUCAUCGUUUAGUAAAUCAAUUCCUGAAGACAAUUUCUCGAGUUCCGAAAAAAUCACCAGAAACUCGAAGAAAACAGCACCAAAUAUCACGGAAACUUCAGAAAAAUCAUUACCAACUGCAAUUGAAAUUGAUUCUUCACUGGAUGGAUCAAUAGCCGAAGAAACUCACCCAAACGAGGAAAAAAUAAUCGAAAAAACUGAAAGAUCAUUCAACAGUCGACUGAAUACAACGUCCCCUGACAUGUUUGACGACUCCGAGCUGUUCGAUGAUGUCUGCGAGAAUUCCCUGAAAUCUCCCAGUUGUCCAAUGGUCUCUAACGUUUCGGAAUCAACUUCUCCAUCAAAUAAAAAUCCAGAGCCCAAACAAAAGAGUGAUCUCAGUGUGUUCAUCGAUAAGAUCCAGAGGCAACAGGCCAGAGGCAUCCUGGAGUCUGAUACCGAUGUAGAGACUCCAGUGAAGAUCCCGAAGAAUUCCAGAAGAAAUCCUUUCAGAGUCAGGGCUCACCAGAUCGAUGAUUCAGAUCCCUGGGGGAAGAGGAAGUCGAGUGAGACUGGGGGAUCGCCUGGGGACAGGGUGGGACCCCUGAGCAUGUUGGAGAGUGACAUUCGAGCUCGUCCAGUUGAUGAUGUUGGGAGGAUUCAUGAUCGAGGGGCUGGAGAAGAGGGGAGAGAAGAUAGGGAUGAUGAUGAUUGCGUGGACUCGACUGGAAUUUCGGAGAAUGAAGGGCUGGAGGAGUCCAGGUACAGCAGAGUGUUCCUCGAUAAGCCCCAGGGGCCGCAGGCCAGAGGCAUCCUGGAGUCUGAUACCGAUGUAGAGACUCCAGUGAAGAUCCCGAAGAAUUCCAGAAGAAAUCCUUUCAGAGUCAGGGCUCACCAGAUCGAUGAUUCAGAUCCCUGGGGGAAGAGGAAGUCGAGUGAGACUGGGGGAUCGCCUGGGGACAGGGUGGGACCCCUGAGCAUGUUGGAGAGUGACAUUCGAGCUCGUCCAGUUGAUGAUGUUGGGAGGAUUCAGGAUCGAGGGGCUGGAGAAGAGGGGAGAGGAGAUAGGGAUGAUGAUGAUUGCGUGGACUCGACUGGAAUUUCGGAGAAUGAAGCGCUUGAGGAGUCCAGGUACAGCAGGUACAAGAAGCUGGGGAGGCAAAACAGUAUUGAGGAGUACAGAAAGGCUCUGAUGGCUGCGAACACUCCAGGACCGGACGACUGGAGAGGAAACAGCAGGGGGAAUUCUCCUGGGGUGAGCUUUCAGGAUGAAAACAGGGGGGAAAUCACCAGGGAUGAGUGCUCUCAGUUCAGGAGUUGUCGAGGUGCUCGGGAUUUCGAGGAUAAUGACCCUGAAGGGGCGAAUUUCUCGGGAGAUUUGGAGUUCGAUACCUGGGAGGGGGAGAACUCGAGGAGUUCUGACUGUGUUUUCACUCAGGGGAUCGAUCCUGGUGAUGGUGGGGGCGAGGGGAGGGAGGGAGAGCGGGGGGCGGGCCUCGGGGGGGCUUUGGGAGGGAGGGAGAGGGCUUCGUUCAAAUCAGCUCAUAAUUUGAGUGAUGAUGAGGAUGAGGAGGAGCUCCUGGGGAAUUCAGCGGAAGGAGACGAUUUUGGAGGGCCUCUGGGAGAGGAACCUCCGCCCAGUCCGAUUGUGCUGUCUUCGUCGGAUGAGGAGGUUGCCAAGGUGAUGGAGAAUUUUUCGCAGAUACCAGUCGCCGGAUGGAACUCGCAGAGAUCAUCCCCAGCCCUCUCGGACCCUCCUCCAGACGAAAACUGGAACGACUCCCCCGACGCCCGCAGUCUCGACCCCCCAACCCCGCCCCACCAGCAAACCCCCCCGAAAACCCCCCUGAGAGACACCUCCCAGCACCUCAACCGUCUGCCCUCGCCCCCUGAGAACCCCCUCAAGAGGGCUCGAGCCCCCUCAUCCCUCCAGAUUUCCUACACCAUAACUCCCCCCCUGGACUACCCCAGGAUGGCCUCCCCAGACCUCCACGAGGAGCUCAGCAAAUUCGGUCUCAAGCCCCAGAAGAGGCCCAGGGCAAUUCAACUCCUGGAGCACAUCUACAACGAGCUGCACCCCCUCGUCCCCCUGGAGUCCCUCCCCCAGGAGACGGCCCUCACCGACAGCGAGAACGAAGAGCCCGUCGCCAAGAGGCGCCACCUGAACCCCAAGAAGUCACCGAAGGGAAAAAUCGUCGCUGAAGAGAUGGAGUUCCAGGAGGUGGAGGGGUCUGAUCGCCCUGAGGGCGCCGUCAGUGUCCAAGAGGCCUUCCACCAGCUCUUGAAAAACGAUGGGGGACUCUAUGGCAAGGUCUUGGCGUACGAACCCCUCCCCCUGGAGUCCUUGUGCGAGAGACUGAAGGCUGAGGGGUUCUCUGGAAAGGUCAAUGACGUCAUGGACUUCCUCGAUGACGAGUGCAUCACCUUCCAAGUGCAGAUGCAGAGGAGGAAUAAGAGGAUUAGGAACGGGAAAAAUACGAAGACUGGGGGGAAGUGACGGCUGCUGAGGGGAGAGGGUUUGGUGGUCUUCAAGGUUUUUUUAGAUCUUCAGGGGGGAGCUUUUUUCAAUCGUUUUGGAGGAAUUUCACGAUUUCAAUUCAAUUUGGGGAAGAACAAGGCUGGGAAUGAUUAAAAUAUGGGAGGAACUUGCUUUCAAGCCUCUGGGUUUUUUUUUGUGGAAAAAAAUCAAUGUUCAAUCACAAAAUCAAUGUGGAAAUAAUUCAUUUUCAAUUAACGAGGA